AUGCGGUCUCUCUUGAUUCUUAAUAUUUCUGUGAACAACCUCAGGGGGCGUGUUUGGGACACUGGGAUUUUCAGAAACCUCUCUGCUGAGUCGUUUCUCGGUAAUCCUGGUUUGUGUGGCCGGCUGGUGGGGCGGCCAUGUCCUGGUGACAUGGUUAGUCCAUUGGUUAGAAGUCAUCAUAAGAAAGGCCCCUCAUUGGUAACCAUCAUCGGUGCCGCUGUGGAGAGGGUCGUCCUCAUUUUCUUCGCAUUGCUCCUUGUUCGUUACAUCAUCUACCGCCGGGGUUCAGUGCAGGCAGAUACUGUGGUGCUAUUUUCGGAGUACUUAAAAUCUCUGGAGCUGACAGCCGAAGAGAUACAAGCAGCGACAGCAUUUACAGACGCAAGUGGAAGUGUGAGCGGCACGUUUAGUCGAAGUUUGAGUGGUAACAUCCGGCGGGCUAUAGGUUUUAGCAACAUCGAGAAAGCAGUGCUGCCAGAUGGAACCGUGUUUGCUGUCAAACAAUGGAUUAUUGCAAAAGUCAGGAAAAAAGAGAGGCUCAUGCUUGACUCAGAGAUGCUGAACUUGAGCAAAAUUCGGCACCGGAACUUGUCAGGCUCAUGGGAUACUCCACGAAUUCAAGCACCCUGGGCCUGUUCGUGGAAUUCAUGCCUAAUGGGAGUCUUGACUUGCACCUGCAUCCUCCAGGCAAGCACAACUGCCAACUUAAGUAAGUUGCUGUAUUCCGCUUCCGCUUCAAUGUUGCAAUGGAAUGAGAGGCUUCGGAUUAUAAUGGGCAUCACUGCAGGCCUGGUUUGUCUACACCACGAGACUUGUGGGAAUGCUUUAGCGCACUGCGGCUUGAAAGCAGCCAAUGUGCUUCUUGACUCUGACAUGGAGUCUAAGCUUGUAGACUUCGGAAUGGCCAGACUUAUCAAACGGAGCAUUAAAGGCUCCAGUGCAGCUUCAUGGAUCGUUUCCUCUGGAUAUGCUCCCCCCGAACAUGGAGUCUCUAGCGAACUCACCACGGCAGGUGACGUCUACAGCUAUGGAGUGCUAAUCUUGGAAAUUAUCACUGGGAAGAGGCCCACAAUUGAGGAAGUAAGAGUAGGGGUGACCCUACCCGCUUGGGUUCAGGACUUGCGAGAUCAAUCGGCGAUUGACGUGAGCCUAUUUCAGUCUGCGGACGAAUCUCAACUCAACCAGAUUUUGCAUAUUAUGAAAGUUGCCAUUCUAUGUACUUCCCAUUUGCCAGGCUCACGGCCCAGCAUGUUGCAAGUUCUCCUCAAUCUUCAAGAAAUGCCCCAAUCUGCCAUUGAAAACCAGGAAUUAGUACCUCUGGAAGUUCCAACGUCGAAAGUAGAUUUCUGGCUCAUUGAGACGCUACGUCGGCUCUCGGACGGUAACUCUGGCUGCAACUUCGUUAAAGUCGUGAUCGCUUACACUGACGCUUUUCUCGUUAAAUUAGAUAGGUCGCGUUUGUUAUGUAGGUCUCUUGAUUCUGUCUUGCUUGAGGUUUUGUUCCUGUUCGAUACCUAUGAGCGUAAUCGGAGUUGUAAGGUGCUGUUGCGAACUAAAAAUGGGGUUACACCGGGAACUGCAACGACGGGAAGGCAAACAAUUUCGGCAACGGAGAGCUUAUUUCUUUCAAUCUUGACCUCGCUGUCGUCCACGCUGAGUCCAAAUUUGAGGCCUACAAUUCCCGCGCUUUGUGUUGAUUAG